GCGAGUGCGAUGGCUCGACGAUGAAAAUACUUGCGAUCGAAAAAGAGCACCGGAUACUGCAGGACAAGAUUGCCCAAAGAGUAGACAGGAACGCAUCGCGGUGUCCAAACUGCUGCAGGGCAAAAUUAGUUGCCGGUGUCGAUGUACAGCUGUGUUCGCUGCUCCAUGGCGACUUGGCCAACGAUUGACUCACCAAAGAGUUCCGGAUGUUCCGCGAUCAGUCGAUCUGGAAGCCCCUUUCGAUAUUUUUUUACACCCAGGGAAUGCCCGAGGCGCUGCUGGUGGAUCUGGAAGGCAUCUACUGCAACAAGGACAAUCUUUCGGUGGCCCAACGUGACCGCCUUGAGCACCUAAACCGCCAUCUGACGCCGAACGCCAAAAGAUCGGCGGCGCGAUGAUCCUCUGCAUCGACCACGCCGAUGCGGUCGAGAUUAGCGAUUGCAUCGCGGAAUCGCUGUUCAACGAAACCAUGGUCAAGCUACCAGAUCUCGGACAUUCUGCACAACUCCAGCAUAAAGGUGUCCAACUUGGACAGCCGUCUCAAGACCGAGGGCCUCAAAUAGCGCGUGAAGAACGUGUUCAAAGCCUAGGAAGAAUGGACCGUCUACCCGAAGGUCUUUUUGCUCAGGUUGCAGCACACCUGCCUAGGGAUUCCGAUUGUCGAAAAGCAAUCGUGUGGACAGUGGACAUCGAGGAUGGCGUUCCGUUGGACGGUGCCGCCCUGCUAAAGAGCGCCACGCUAGAUCGUCCAGUUUCAGGACCAGUUUGAGUCCGCAACGAGGCAGGUGCGCGUCGACUGCGGUGCCCUCGGCGAAGAAAUCGCUCACUACCAGCGAAAGCUGCUCAAGAACAUAGUCAGCAGCAGCAGCAACUGCAAGUCCAAGAUGACAGCGAUGAAUAUGACAACGACACGAACGAGUACGAGCGAUGUUCCAGCUCACGGAAAGUGUCCAAAUGUUCCGUCUCACCGGAAGUCCCCAGCCCAAGCCCCAGCCGCAAGCACAAAUAGUGUCGCCGAUCCUCGCCGUCGGAUUACGUUCGCGAAACCACGAGCAAGUCGUUCCGCCGGCACCGUUCCCCUUCUACUCCAGCAGAAGCCGCAGCAAGCGCGAAGCGUCCCUUUCAUCGGUCCAAACCAGCAGCAAGUCCACCCGUCGGUGAGGACUCCGGUCGGAAACAUUGAUUAUUAUUUUGGUAUUGUGAAAUCAGUAUUUUUUCCUUAAUUUAUUUGAUUGUAUGAAAUUCAGAAAAAAUAAACACAUUGUUUAAUAUAAUAGCUUCAUUGAAAUUAAAUUGCUCUUCAUAAGA